GCCAAGGUGGUGCGGAGCCGCUCCUCGCGCUGCCUCUCCUUCCCCCUCACCGUCACCACCUUCCUGGCCUCCACCAGCUGGACCCUGUACGGGCUGCAGCUGCGCGACCCCUUCAUCACG